GUCAUCGCGGCGUAGGAGAGCACGUUGCCACGAUCGUAAAUCAUCUCGUCGAAACGGCGGAAUUUAUGCGCCAGCCCGAUGAGAAGACACUUCCGCCUCCCGCAUGUCCCGUUUCAUUUUUGGUCUUGGUAUGCGAAUGAGCCGCGCGAUACGGAGAACUCGUUUGCAGAGCUAGAGAGAUUUCGAAGCUCCCGAGAGUAUCCCCUAGUUCCGUCUGGGCCGUCGAGCGGUUCACACGUCUUCCGACGUAAGAUAAAUUUUUGAUCCUGCGGGAUUGCAUCAUCCCGCGUGUGGCCCGGUUACCGGGCCAUUGCAUCGUUCAAUUCACUACAUUCCAAGCAAUACCAUUAAGUCUAUUGGUUCGACGUGGCCGUGUCGGCUCAGUGUCUGUGAGCCGGGAGCCAAUAACCAGAGAAGAAGGAGAAGAGAGUAUCCCCGUGGGACCUGAAUGCGAUAGGUGAAUUUUGAGAAGAGAACAUGACGUCGAGAUUCAGCGGAGCGUUGCAGAUUACAAAUCUGGAUGACUUCAUCACCCCGUCGCAGGAAUGCAUCAAGCCUAUAGAGAUGCAGGCGAGCAAAAGCAAGACGGGUGCGAAGAUAAAGAUACAGUCGGACAAUGCCCACUUGGCGCUCAACGAGACUGGGCAGCCGGAGAAACUACAAAAGGUCGAGAUCACGCUCACCGACUGUUUAGCGUGCAGCGGUUGCAUCACGUCUGCCGAGAGCGUGCUGAUUACUCAACAAAGUCAGGAAGAACUGCUCAGGGUGUUCCAGGAGAAAGUGGCUCAGCAGAAUGUAGGAAGUACGGAUUCCAAGUAUAUAAUAGUGAGCCUGUCGGUGCAGCCUGUGUUGUCGCUGGCGCAACGUUACGAACUCACCCCCGAGCAAACUCUCUGUAAACUGGCAGGAUUCUUCUGUCGAUUGGGAGCUGACGCUGUGUUAGAUAUGACGGUGGCUGACGACUUUGUUUUGCUGGAAGCUGCUAAAGAGUUCGUCGAGCGUUACAAAGCUAAUAAAGAGGGCGUGAAAAGUCAGAUACCAAUGUUGUCCUCUUCGUGUCCAGGCUGGGUGUGCUACGCCGAGAAAACUCACGGAAAUUUUAUAUUGCCGCACAUAAGCGUUACAAAGUCGCCCCAACAAAUUAUGGGAUCAUUAGUGAAGUAUCACUUGGCUGAAAUGAUGGGUCUGACGCCGGAACAGAUAUAUCACGUGACUGUAAUGCCCUGCUAUGACAAGAAGCUGGAGGCUUCCAGAGAAGACUUUUACAAUCAGCAGAGAAAGACGAGAGACGUAGACUGCGUCAUAACGUCAAUCGAAUUGGAACAGAUGCUGAGCGAAGAGGGUUUAGCAUUAAACGAAAUAGACGACGGCGAUAUCAAACAACCGUUCGGUUCGUACGAUGAAAAAACUGGAAGCAGAUUGUGGAGUCAUAGCGGCUCGGGUUCAGGCGGCUACGCGGAUUUCAUAUUUCGUUACGCAGCGAAGAGUCUCUUCGACGAGGAUAAUGUCACAGUAGAUUUCAAAAAUCUGAGAAAUCCCGACUUCCGGGAGGCAGAAUUCAAGAGAGACGACCAAGUGUUGUUAAAAUUUGCGAUUAUCAAUGGAUUCAGGAAUAUACAGAAUAUAGUACAGAAAAUGAAACGGGGCAAAUGCGUUUACGACUACGUCGAAAUUAUGGCAUGCCCGUGCGGUUGCUUGAACGGCGGAGCGCAAGUGAGACCCGACGGGAACGUUCAGCCUCGAGAGCUCGCGUCAACGUUGGAAAAUAUGUACCGCGAACUUCCGCAGAGCAAACCCGAGGAAAACAAAGUGGUGCAGAGUCUGUACAAAACUUGGCUGGGAGGAGAGCAUACAGACAAAGUUGGCGCGUACUUCAACACACAGUAUCACGAGAUACAAAAAAUGAACACAGCGCUGGCAAUAAAGUGGUGAUGUGACAAUAACGACGUUACUUGUACGAUGUAUAUUUUGUAUAGUUGGUUCAUUGGCUGAUCGAUCCUUUAUUUUUAUGGUACAACAAUAAAAAUAAAUAAAUUAUUGCUAAUCGA